UGCCAAGUUUCCGGUUGCGAACAUUUUUACAUUUUUGAAAGAAAAUUAAAGAUGUUACGGAGGAAACCAACACGUAUUGAAAUGAAACUUGACGAUCUAGAGGAAUGGGAGAAUGUAAAAAAGGAGAGAGAACAACUUAAAAAGCAAGAGGAAAGCAGUUUAGACAGCCCAGGGUCCAGCACAAAGCCAACAAAAACAAAACAAGAAAUAAUCCAUGAGCGUAUUGGAUAUAACCCACAACCAAUUGUGCCGUCUUCCAGAUUAGCAUUACAUUAGUGGCUUCAUCUUUAAUAAAUAAACUGAACACACAAGUUUUACAAAAUACAUUUAUUACAACUACAACCUGUAAAAAUAUAGUUAAGAAUUUUCUAAGCAUAAUAGUAGGUUAGAUUUAAGGUACUCUAUAAGCUGGUCCACUUUACUUGCUACUAAGAACUCUGUAUCAUUACAUUUCAUAGAAAAUUGAUCAACUUGACCAUCUAAACAUGUUUCUGAAAUAUAUUGGAAGGUGCUUCUCUUCUGAAAGUGGGAUGGCUACAAAGGGGGUACAUUGGAUAAAAAGCAUAUAUAAUGGUGAAAGAAAUAUUUCACAGUAUUCAUAUGGAGCCAACAUUGACCAUCAUAGAUGCGCACAAAGCAAAAGGAACUUUGAGUCAAAGUACAACUAUAGUUCAAUGUACGCCAUGGGUACACUACAUAUGAAUCCACAUCGAAAGUAUUCUAGCACAAAUAUAACCUCGCUUAGAGUAGAUGCAAGACACAAUACAUGUGGAUUACUGAAAAGGAACUUGUAUCAAUUUGGAGUUAACAUCAUAGGAACUCAGAGACUGUAUUCAACCAUGUUAAAACAUAGUGUUUCAUUGGAUGAACUGCUAAGAGCCCACAUAGACCAACUAAGUGCUGAGUAUGAAGAGUUGAAUAAGAUGCUGUUGGAGUGUGGAAGUGAUGAUAGAGAAUUGGCAGCUGCACAGGUGUCAAAACGUCUUGCAGAGUUAGGACCUGUCAUGUACAAAGUAGCUGAAUAUAAUGCUGCAUUGCAAGAAAGACAAGAAUUAAAGAACAUCCUUAAAAAUGAGUUGGACAAGGAACUUAUUGCAAUGGUCAAUGAGGAACUAGAAGACAAUCAAACUAGAACUACAGAGCUGCAGGAUAAGUUGCUUCACCAGCUUGUACCCCGACUAGAUGGAGAUGAGGUCGAUGAAGUCAUACUUGAAGUGAGUGCUGGGGUCGGAGGUCAAGAGGCCAUGCUGUUUACAGAAGAAAUGUUUCGGCUUUAUGAGGCCUAUGCACAGAAUUCAGGCUGGUUGUUUCAGAGCAUUGGACAAUCUACUUCUGAUAUAGGUGGAAUGAAGAAGGCCUCCGCCUCUAUCAGUGGCUCAGGGGUUUACAGAGAGAUGAAGUAUGAGUGUGGUGUGCACCGUGUUCAGAGAGUACCACGCACAGAAAAGGCUGGUAGAGUACACACUAGUACAAUGACUGUAGCUAUACUUCCCAGACCUACACAGAUUGAUGUAGUUCUGAGGCCUCAAGAUAUCCACUUUGAGGCAUUCAGGGCCAGUGGGGCUGGAGGUCAACAUGUCAAUACCACAAGCAGUGCAGUCAGGGUCAAACAUAUACCAACAGGCACUGUUGUUGAGAGAUCCACUGAUAGGUCACAGAUCGUCAACCGCAAGAGAGCCAUGGAGGAGCUUGCCUCUAGGAUCUAUAGUGCUCAGCUUGAACGUGAGAUGGCAGCACGUAAGUCACAGCGAAAACUUCAAGUUGGAACAGCUGGACGCUCCGAGAAAAUUCGUACUUAUAACAUCCCUCAAGAUAGGGUUACCGAUCACAGAAUUGGUGUCAGCCUUUAUGACUUGAAUGAUUUUAUGAAUGGAGGGCGAGGUUUGGGUGAACUUAUUGAGGCUUUGUUGAAGUUUGAAUGGGAGGAAUCAGUGACAGAGUUCCUGCAGAAACAAACCAUUAAAAGUACUUGAUGAUAGGAGAAACUUGUAGAAAAACUCUUAAAGGACUUGUAAAAGAAACUCUUACUGAGUGUAUUAAAAUUAACUCUGAAAAGGACUUCAGUGAAAAAUUCAUCUAUAAAAGCAACAAUUCCUCAAGCAAACUUAUUUCAAUGUCAUUUCUUUGUUAAAUAACUUUGAAACUGAUAUGUUUAGAAUAACAACAAAAAUGGCCACCUUAGAAUUUCCCAAUAAAAUCCAAAAUCUUAUGAGUUCUAGAUUUUCAAACCAAGAAACAUCCCUGGAAUCUGUCAAGAGGUUUGUGUGUCAAUUUCCAGACAAAAAAAGUUAGAAGGCAAACUAACAAUACUUAAUCAUACCUUUUAGGUACAUUAAAAAACAAUACCUGUCAUCACCUAAUAUUCUUUAUUAAUCACAG